GCAGUUUUCCAAAUAACUUCCGUUGAUGGCGACCGUCGAGGCCAUAAUUAAUUUUCGCAUUCCAACAACGUCUCGUGUUAUAUUUGGAAAUUUUCUUUUAUUUUGUACGUGUUUUUUUCGUGUAAAUUUAUAACAAUUGAAAUGGCAGACUUUUGCACACCAAAGGAAGUUUGCCAAUUACCGAUGAAUCGCAUGCCCGAUAUUCACACGCUCUCCGUGGAUAGCAUCCAUGUGCGCUGCUCCACGCCAAUCGUGGGAAAAUUGCGUUCGCCAAAUUUGUCGCCCAUCCGCAAGGAUAAGCAAAUGAAAAGUCCUGCCUCUCCGAUGAUCUUUGCGAAGCAAUUCAAUAAACCAACAUCACAGCCACAACAAUCGACCGCCAAUCAUAUGAAGAAUUCUGUCCUGGACGAUGAUAACAACAAUAGCCUGAACAACUUUCUGGAUGAUUCGAGCGCCAACAAUAUGGAGACCUCCCUGACCGUGGAGUCGCGUCGUCGCUCCAUUCAAGCGGCAAAUCAUUCCUAUGUGCUGAAUCAUGCCACCAAUGUAAAGGAGGUGCUGCUCCUCGUCGGCUUGGAAACGUAUCUGGAUAAAUUCGAAAAUUCGCAUAUUGAUCUGUUAGAAUUGGUAUCCAUGAAGCGAGCGGAUCUAAAGAAUUUAGGCGUGCGCAAAGAUGAGGACUGCAAUCGUAUACUGGAAGCCCUCAAGGAGCUCUAAAUAAGCAACAGCUUAGGCUAUCGCUGGCUGAUAUGCUUAGGUUUUAUUUAUUAUUAAAAUCAAUUUUUAUGUUUAAUUUAUGAAGAAUAUGUGAAAAAUAUUUGUAUACUAAAAGGUACUUUAAGUCUAGAUUGAUUGUGCGCUAGACUAAAGAUUAUAUAAAUAUUUAAACCAGCCUCAAGCUUCCAUAAUUGU